UUGCCAAAUGUUUACCAGCCAAGGUUCUUAACACUGGAAAAGCCCAUCGAGCGCUAGAAGUUGUUUUUAUUUCCUGAAACGCGCGGGUUAUUUUUUAAAUCUUACUACAAAAGAACGUCAUUAUUUUUUACCGCUUUUGCGAUCUGAUACAUCUAGAUAGGCUAACUCCAUCAACAAGACUGAAGAUACUCCGAUCUACAAUCAAAGUGGACAAAAGGAAGAGGUCAACGUAUCUCAACACCCGAUGAGAAAUAUUUGAGGGAAAAAAUGAAAACGGAAGUUUCCGCUGCUUCGGGCUUUAUCGCCAGCUUGCUAAGAACCACUAGAUUACUAUCCGAAUACCAGUUGGAGCAGUUCAGUUUGGCGCUGGAGGAAGCUCUGGGCGAUCACUAUCAACAUCACUGGUUUCCCCAAGCGCCUUGCAAAGGAUCUGGUUACAGAUGCAUCCGAAUCAAUCAUAAAAUGGACCCAGUGAUAGGCAGAGCGGCUUGCACCGUUGGGCUCACCGUCGAGCAACUUUUCUCUUUACUUCCUAGUGAAUUAACGCUGUGGGUCGACCCUUAUGAGGUGUCAUAUCGCAUAGGAGAAGACGGAUCCAUUUGUGUUCUUUAUGAAUCAACUCCACCAACACCAGCUCUUUCGGACUCGACGGACUUCGUCAGCUGCAAGAAUGGACUCAGAAUCGGACGAACAAGUCCCUCAGAGUCAUUUAACAUAAUGGCUGUUUCAAGUUAAUGGUCUUAUAGGCCUACAUUCUUUUCAUUUUUGUUGAAAUGUUUUACGCACAAGAAAUCUUACUUCAUUUGAUGUUUUGAAAUCAUGGAUCAGGAUGUAGCCUAGGCCUAGUGUUUUUUCUUUCUUCCUUCUUUCCUUCCUUCCUUUCUUUUUUUUAAAUAUUUGGUUAUUUCAUGGCAUGUGAAAGUGUAUUGUAUAAGUUACUGUGCAAUGCACAGUCAUUAUGUGAUUUUACAAACUUGAAAUUAACUAUUUUCUGUAUUUAUAAUAAAAUGUGUCAUAUUCAAAAGCUAUAA